AUGGGCUCCGGACCGAGCGCAGAGAGCCGCGCGAGCGACGGCGACGAGCCGCCCCUCGAGGGUGUGGUUGACCAGGAGUACGGCUUUCGCGUGCACCGCGUUGAGGCAAACUCUCCAGGUGACCUCGCAGGCCUCCAGUCCAUCCUCGACUACGUCGUCGUCGCGAACGGCAAAGCCCGGCCCGGCCGCACCGCAGAUCCGCUGCGCGCCGACAGGAUCCGGCUCGAUUCGGACGACGGCGUCUUUGUCAAGAUGAUCGGCGACUCGGUCGGAGGCGAGAUCCCGUGCACCGUCUUCAACACGCAGACGCUGCGCACGCGCGAGACGGUGAUCCGCCCCACCGCCAACUGGGGCGGCGCCGGGCUGCUCGGGGUCACGAUUCGGUUCGACGUGGCGCGGCCGCUCGAGAAGCACACGCUGCACGUGCUCGACGUGUACCCCUCCUCCCCCGCCUCCGCCGCCGGCCUCGACGCCUUCAAUGACUACAUCCUCGGAGUGGGCGACUUGCUGUAUGACGGGCCCGACGAGUUUGGCGAGAUUGUCGCGUACAAUUGCGGCAGGCCGGUGCGCCUGUACGUGUACAGCAGCAGGACCGAGGCGGUGCGCGAGGUGACCAUCACUCCCUCCAAAGACUGGGGAGGCGAGGGCUGCCUCGGGGGGGUGUUAAUUUGGGCGACGCCGGUGCUGAUCCCACUCGGUUAG